CCCGCGUUUCUGAAGAGCGUAGAGGAAGAUGGAGAGCGACUCUGGGGCGCAAACAUCAAAUCAGACGCAAACAGAUUCAUUAUCUUCAUCCCCUAAUCCUGUGUCACCUGUGCCUUUGAAUAACCCAACAAGUGCCCCAAGAUAUGGAACAGUGAUCCCUAAUCGCAUCUUUGUAGGAGGAAUUGACUUUAAGACAAAUGAAAAUGAUUUAAGAAAAUUUUUUUCCCAGUAUGGGUCUGUAAAAGAAGUGAAGAUUGUAAAUGACAGAGCCGGAGUAUCUAAAGGGUAUGGUUUCAUCACUUUUGAAACACAAGAAGAUGCACAAAAAAUUUUACAGGAGGCUGAAAAACUUAAUUAUAAGGAUAAGAAACUAAACAUCGGUCCAGCAAUAAGAAAACAACAAGUAGGGAUUCCUCGUUCAAGUAUAAUGCCAGCAGCUGGAACAAUGUAUCUAACAACUUCAACUGGAUAUCCUUACACUUAUCAUAAUGGUGUUGCUUAUUUUCAUAGUCCAGAGGUAACUUCUGUCCCACCACCUUGGCCUUCACGUUCUAUAUCUAGUUCCCCUGUGAUGGUAGCUCAGCCUGUUUAUCAACAAUCUGCAUAUCACUACCAGGCCCCUGCACAGUGUCUACCAGGUCAGUGGCAGUGGGGUGUUCCCCAGUCUACGGCCUCUUCUGCUCCAUUCCUAUACCUGCAACCGUCUGAGGUUUUUUAUCAACCAGUGGAAAUUGCACAAGAUGGAGGUUGUGUUCCUCCUUCACUGUCUCUGAUGGAAGCUUCCAUUCCAGAGGUAUGGGGUGUCCUUAUUCUGAUCAUGGAGUUCAAGCAACAUAUCACCAGGUUUAUGCACCAAGUGCCAUUGCUAUGCCUGCACCUGUGA